CAGCGCGUCUGUCACUGUAAAUGGCGCUGGUGGCGGGAAAGUUGAGUGCUCGGUGCGCCCAGCCUUCGGGGCGAUGAGUAGUGACUAUCACAGGGCCGAGUCUGGGACGGAGCUCCUUGCCCGACUUGAAGGUAGAAGUUCCUUGAAAGAAAUAGAACCAUAUCUGUUCGCUGAUGAAGUUUCAUCUGUACAUGGUGAUAUUCUUGAAUUUCAUGGUCCAGAGGGAACAGGAAAAACAGAAAUGCUUUAUCAUUUAACAGCACGAUGUAUACUUCCAAAAUCGGAAGGUGGACUGGAAGUAGAAGUCUUAUUUAUUGAUACAGAUUAUCACUUUGAUAUGCUUCGGCUUGUUACAAUUCUCGAGCAUAGACUAUCCCAAAGUUCAGAAGAAAUGGUAAAACACUGCCUCGGAAGGUUGUUCUUGGUGAACUGCAAUAGCAGCACCCAGCUGCUCCUCACACUGUACUCACUAGAAACUGUGGUUUGUAGCCACCCGUCCCUCUGCCUUUUGAUCUUGGACAGCCUGUCAGCUUUUUACUGGAUAGACCGUGUCAAUGGAGGAGAAAGUGUUAAUUUACAGGAGGCUACUCUGAAGAAAUGUGCUCAGUUCUUAGAGAAACUUGUAAAUGAGUAUCGCUUAGUACUUUUUGCAACAACACAAAGUAUAAUGCAGAAAACCUCAAACUGGACAGAAGGACCUUCUUCUGCCUUUAACCAUCCGAGGGAGGCAGAUGCAGACUAUAGACCCUAUCUCUGUAAGGAGUGGCAACAAGUAGUAAAGCACAGAAUAUUUUUCUCCAAACAAGAGGAUUUUAAAACCAACCAAUUUUCUUUAGUUUCACGUCAUUUAAAAAGCAACAGUUUAAAAAAGCAUACUUUUAUUAUUGGAGAAAAUGGCAUUGAGUUUUGUUGAUAUGUAUCAUAAAAUAGUGUUUUUCAAGAUAUUCAAAAUUUUAAAAGUCUUUACUGAAAUAAAAUGAUUCAAUUAUAAGGCUCUUUUUUUUUUUAAAGAUUUUUAUUUAGUUAUUCAUGAGAGACACACACACAGAGAGAGAGAGAGAGAGAGAGAGAGAGAGGCAGAGACACAGGCAGAGGGAGAAGCAGGCUCCGUGCCGGGAGCCUGACGUGGGACUCGAUCCCAGGUCUCCAGGAUCACACCCUGGGCUGAAGGCGGCGCUAAACCACUGAGCCACUGGGGCUGCCCCCCUCCUUUUUUUUAAGAUUUUUAUUUCAAUUAUAAGGCUUUAAACUCUGGGAAAAUUAAAUAAUAUAAGUGUCUCUACACAGAAUGGAUUUUUUUUUUCUUUCCAGAAUAGAUUUCUAAACUAGUACAGUAAAACCGUAAACUAUUCUGUUCUUAAGUUGUUGAAGCUAAAUCAAAGUGCUGGUAAAAAGUAAACUGUGUAUUAAGCCUGUUUUAAAACUAAAUAAAUAAUCUACACG